CUCACACAGGUAAAACACCUUUUAAAUGUGACACUUGUGGGAAAGCUUUCAAGUUUAAGUGUCAUUUUAAUUCACACCUGAGAAUCCACACAGGAGAGAAGCCGUAUUGUUGUAACACAUGUGGGAAAACAUUCAGUCUUAUGUCAACUCUGAAUGUUCAUAACAGAGUCCACACAGGUGAGAAGCCGUAUUGUUGCAAAACAUGUGGGAAAACAUUCAAUCAAAUGUCAACUCUGAAUGCUCAUGAAAGAAUCCACACAGGUGAGAAGCCGUAUUGUUGCGAAACAUGUGGGAAAGCAUUCAGUCAUAUGUCAGCUCUAAAUGUUCAUAACAGAGUCCACACAGGUGAGAAGCCGUAUUGUUGCAAAACAUGUGGGAAAACAUUCAAUCAAAUGUCAACUCUGAAUGCUCAUGAAAGAAUCCACACAGGUGAGAAGCCGUAUUGUUGCAAAACAUGUGGGAAAGCAUUCAGUCAUAUGUCAGCUCUAAAUGUUCAUAACAGAGUCCACACAGGUGAGAAGCCGUAUUGUUGCAAAACAUGUGGGAAAACAUUCAGUUAUAUGUCAGCUCUAAAUGUUCAUAACAGAGUCCACACAGGUGAGAAGCCGUAUUGUUGCAAAACAUGUGGGAAAACAUUCAGUCUUAUGUCAACUCUGAACACUCAUAAAAGAGUCCACACAGGUGAGAAGCCGUACUGUUGCAACACAUGUGGAAAAGAUUUCCGAUGUAAGAGUCACUUGGUUUGCCACAUGAGAACCCACACAGGAGAGAAGCCGUUUAAAUGUGAGACGUGGGAAAGCUUUCAUGCAUAGACCUGUCUUGAAACAACACCUGACAACACACACAGGUCAGAAGCCGUAUUCUUGCAAAACAUGUGGAAAAGAUUUUGGACAGAGCAGUACCUUGUUAAUCCACAGAAGAAGAGCCCACACCGGCAAGAAGCCAUACAUUUGCAAGA